UCUAUUCAUUCCCUAUCACCUGAUGGUAGACCUUACACCCAUUAUACCCAGACCCCAUAGAUAGCCAAACACUGACCUCAGACCUAGCGCAUUGACUUUCAUCGAAACAGCAUGAAACUCUGGCAAUCUACUGUGAUUUUUCUCCUUUUGGGAGGAGCUUUUGGAACAGACACAACCUACUGCCCUCACCAUUUGAGCAAAAGCGAUCUGUAUGAGUAUGGAGAUUUAUGCCUCAAAGUUCACUAUGGAAACUGGGACUGGGAAACUGCGAGACAAAUCUGUCUCAACGAAGGAGGCGAUCUUGUGCAACCUAGAUCUCCCGGCAUGCAAGAGUACAUCCGGGUCAACUUACUUCCCCAGGUGCAGAAGUCAGAGGAAGAUGGGUUUUGGAUUGGAGCAACGGAUCUAAAUUCGGAAUCUCAUUGGAGAUGGGUUUCAGGUGACCCAAGCAUGCCUUAUUCAAACUGGGAGCCAGGACAGGGGCCAUCUCAAUCCGGGUUCCUCUUUGCUGCUGGAGAUUUAGAAGAUUGUGCCAUCAUGCGUAUCGAAGAUGGAUUCAGAUGGCAUGACUACCCUUGCUCUAACUUCUUUUACCACUAUUCCUUUAUUUGUCAACAUAAGAAGCUUCCACGCUCCACUCACCAUGUACAUCCAACUAAGUUGACAACCAAAUAUGUUCCUCCGACAACAACUAAAUACGUUCCACCGACAACAACCAAAUAUGUUCCACCAACAACUACAAAAUAUAUCCCACCGACAACAACCAAAUUUAUCCCACCAACAACAACUAAAUAUUAUGUUCCACAAACAACAACAAAGUUCGAACCAGAAACCUAUUCUACAACCAGGUUUGUAUCGUGGACAGAGAAGACAACAAUGCUUAGUCAGAAAACACGAUCGUCCACAGCGUUUGUGCCUCCUGAAGAAACCAAGCUCCCUACCUCAACACCAGAACCUGCCCCAGAAACACCCCCGAUAUCUGGCGGGGGUGGCGGAGACCCAUUUAGCGGAGGAUUCGCAUCUUCAUAUGGUGCCCCGGCUGACGAAUGUCCUCACAAUCUAGGUAAAAGUGACUUAUAUACAUACGGAAAUUUCUGCCUGAAGGUGCAUUAUGGGAAUUAUGACUGGGUUGACGCCAGACAUCGAUGUCAAAAAGAGGGCGGUGACCUCAUUCAGAUCAGGGAUUCUGGGAUGCAGCAGUUCCUCCAAAGAGUGUUAUCAGGUCAAAAGUCAGAGGACACCGGAUUCUGGAUCGGGGCCAGCGACAGCGAAUCAGAGUCCCACUGGAAAUGGGUGACGGGUGACCCCAAGAUGACCUACAGUCAUUGGAGUUCGGGUCAGGGACCGUCUCAGCAUGGAUUUUUAUUCUCCGAUGGAGGGCAUGAAGACUGCGCUUUAAUGAAAAUAACCGAUGGAUUCCGAUGGCACGACUAUGAGUGCAGUCUUUUUUUGUACCAUUACUCCUUCAUUUGCCAGCAUGACAAAUUAGUACACUCACACACCCAUAACACGAACGGGCAACAUGGUUCCACCACAGUGUUCAUACCUCAGACUUUUCCCGACACCACGCCCCUAUCAACAGACGCUCCAAUCCCGACCACGCCCCCUGAAACAGACGCACCUAUACCUACAACCCCGGCCCAAACAGACGCCCCUAUACCUACAACCCAGCCAAUCACAGAUGCUCCCGUUCCCACAACCCCGCCCCAAACAGAUGCACCUGUUCCCACCACGCCUCCUGAUACAAAGGCACCGAUCUCAACAACAGGGGACAGUGCUGGAGUUUUAAUCAUCGGAUAACAACCUGUAGAUGUGUGUCGACUAUCUUCUGUUAUUGACGCCAAUAAAUGUUACGUCGUGUUGUAUUUGUUUA